GGCUGUGGCCGGCGGACGCUCAGCGCCGGGCCGAGACAAGGGGAGGGGGAAACCGGGGUCCGGAGCUACGUCACCGGGGGGACCCCGUUACCAAGGAGACCGGGGUCCAGGAACUGCGUCACUGGCGCGGCCCCGUUACCAAGGAGACCGGAGUCUCGGAGCUACGUCAUUGGUGGUACCCCGUUACCAAGGAGACCGGGGUCCCGGAGCGACGUCACCGGGGGGACCCCGUUACCAAGGAAACCGGGGUCCCGGAGCGACGUCACCGGGGGGACCCCGUUACCAAGGAGACCGGGGCCCCGAAGCUACGUCACCGGGGGACCCGGUUACCAGCAAGGCCUGGGUUCUAGAGCUGUGUUACAAAGGGGACUGUGUUGCUAAGGCGGCUGAAGUUCUAGAUCCUUGUUGCCAAGGCGACCAGGGGUCAUGCCCGCCAGCCUCGCUGCCCUGGGGGCCGGGGCGCUCUAGCGCUGCGUUGCUAGGAGACCAGGGUUCUAGAGUCCCAGCGCCGAGAGGAGGGGUCAGACAAGGGCUGGGGCUGCGCAGGAGCCUAGUUGCCAAGAGACGCGAUGUUCUGGAGCCAUUUUCCCAUGGGGUGGGGCAGGUUUGCUAGAUCGGCGUUCGUGAGAGGUUCUCGAUCCUGAGGGCAGAGGGAACAGCUAGAGACACGUGGGGGGUUCUAGAGCCAUAGAGCACAGGGGCGGAGGGUCUAGAGCUGGGAAAGGGCCCUGCCAGGCUCCAGAACUGCCUUGCACAGGAAGGCAAAGGGGAUCCGGAGCUGGGAAAGGGGGAGAGGUCCAACCUGUCGCUCUCACUCUAUCUCAGCCUCCAAGACCCCCAUGUUUUGGCUCCCCUGAGCCCCCAGGGGGUGGGAUCGGUAGCAGGGUCACCCCACCCCCUGCAGGGAGCCAGUGCACUCUAGCAGCAGCCAGGGUGGGGAGACGAUGCCGUGAGCUGUUGUGUUGUCAGCUAGAUAACGAGGGAGGUAAUGGGAGGGAAUUAAUUCCCCCCCCCCCCAUACACACACACACACGGGGCAGGAGAGGCUGGGGCAGGAGCUGGGUAAAUUUCCAGCCACUGCUACCAUGACUUGCUCCGGUCUCAGCCAGUAAACUGCUCAGAAGAAUAGAACCCAGGAGUCCUGGCUCCCAGCCCCGCCUCCUCUAACCCACUAGACCCCACUCCCCUCCCAGAACUGGGAUAGAACCCAGGAGUCCUGACUCCCAGCACUCCCUCCCCAAUGCUGGGGAGGGGGAGCCGGCCAUGCCGUCUGAGGCCCUGCCCUGCUUCCAGCUGCUGCGGAUGGGCCCGGCCUGCCCGGGGGAUGACCCGAACCGGGACCUGCACACCUUCCGGCCAGCCGGGCCGCACUGCACCUACCGGCUGGGGCGCCGGGCCGAGGUCUGCGACGUCCCCCUGGUGUCGGAGCGCAAUCCGGGGCUGGUGUCCCGCGUCCACGCCGAGAUCCACGCCGAGAGGGACCCGCACAGCACCGCUGGGGAGUGGCGGGUCUGCCUGGUGGACUGCAGCACCCACGGCACCUACGUCAACGCGGUGCGGGUGCCCCGGGGCCGGCGCCUGGAGCUGAGCGACGGAGACCUGGUCACCUUCGGCCACCCGGACCCCGUGCCCGAGGGCUGCGCCCUGGCGCCCCCGCCUGGCGACUCGGAGUUCUGCUUCCUCUUCCAGAAGGUGCGGGUGCAGCCGCAGGAUUUUGCCGCCAUCACGGCCCCCAAGGCCCCCUGGCCGCUCCCCUGCGGCUUCAAACCCGUGCUGCCCGGCGGCAACCAUCGCAUCCGGCCGCUAGCCCGGCCCGCGGGGCCCUCCCGCCCCUCCCGCCCCAAGGCCACCCUGAUCCUCAGCUCCAUCGGCAGCAUCAGCAAGCUGAAGCCGCAGCCGCUGACGUUCACCCUGAGCCGGGGCCCGAGGUCGGAGCCGCCCGCCCGGCCCGGGGCCUCCAGGAGCCGUCGGAAGUCGGCCCACACGCUGCUCCCCGAGCUGGAGGACGAGGUGACCCGGCUGGACGAGGAGCAGUGGGCUUGUGAGCCGGAUGGAUACAGCUGCCAAAGCCCGCUGCGGAGGGCGCCGGAGGGGGCGGGGAGCGGCAGGGCGCAGCCGGACGCGCGACUGAAGGUCCAGGUCACGCCGAGCGGGAAGCGGCGGGGGCGGCCGCGGAAGCACCCACUGCGUGACACCUGCCAGGUGUUCUCGCAAACGCUGCUGGCGGCGGAGCCCUGCGCGGCCCCGCGCUGCCACCUGCCCCAGGACGAGACGGUGCAGUGGGUGCAGUGUGACGGCUGCGACGCCUGGUUCCACGUGGCCUGCGUGGGCUGCAGCUACAGCGCCGUCCAGGAGGCCGACUUCCGCUGCGGGGGCUGCCGCACGUAGCCGCGGGGCAGGGGGGGAACGGAGCACGGGGCGGCCAGGAAACCGGAGACUGUGCAAGAUGGGCAGGGAGUGGUGAAACCGUGCCAGGCGAUUGUGAGCGCACAGACAGUGACUGGUGAAACCGUGCCAGGCAAUUGUGCGUGCAGACAGUGACUGGUUAAACCGUGCCAGGCGAUUGUGCGUGCAGACAGUGGCUGGUGAAACCAUGCCAGGCAAUUGUGCACUUACAAGCAGUGACAGGUGAAACAUGACACCUUAGAAGGGACUGGUGAAAUCGUGGGAAACAAGCAAUGACUGGUGAAAUUGUGCCAGGCGAUUGUGCACGCACAGGCAGUGGCGGGUGAAAACAUGCACACCCGCACAGCGGCUAGUGACACCAUGCCAGCCAAGUGGAGACUGGGUGAAAACAGCUGAGGAGCGUGAAGCAAGAAACGUAAGCCGGGCACAUGGCUGGCUAUGGAAACAAGAGAUGCCUGGCUCAUGACUUGUGCAAAAGUGCAAAGACGAUUGUGCAAACCUGGGAGCCGAGCACAUCCCCCUGGGCUGGGAUUUCUGUCCCCCCGCAGGGGAGCAGGGAAUGGGACACGGGGCCUUUCCCCUGUAUGGGACACUAGCUCCACAAUCCAGCCCCAGCGCACGUGAGCCAUGGCUUGUGAAAAUGUGCCCGGCAGGUUAGAGCCAAUGGAGCGUCGACACGUGAGCAGCACCUCACACUGACCGUGCCGGGCUAUCGCUCCCAAUCUGGCUGGGCGUUUGCCCGGUGCCUCAUCAGAGCAUUUGGCAGUCGUGCACAGCAUGAGCAUUGAAGCAGACGACUCGCAGAGAUUACACGCAGCCCUCGUGACAAAGCAAGACCGCUGUGCAGCCUCGCACGAGGAGAUGACCUGGCCGUUUCCACGCCCACGGGGACUCCAGGAGGGCAUCCAAGACACACACACACACACCGUGCGAUUGAAUCCUCUGCCAGCCUUUACACCCUAUUCCCUUCCUUCUUUCCGUAGCCGUCGCUUCUCCAUGUGCCUGGAUUUCCCCGUGCGAACAAUCCCAAUCACCAUGGCGCCCACGGAGCCGCUUCCCCGCUUCCUUCUUCCUUCCCGGGGAGGGGAGACAGAAAAGAAGGGAGUGAAAACGCGCCAGAAAGGCCAGAAACACUGGAUUUUUCAGCCUGUUCCUAAACCGGACCUUUCCCGCCCACAGCACUGGUGAAUGGCUCCCUCACCCCCUGCCCGCCAUGGGCAGAGACACGGAUCCACCUCUCCCCUGGGUUAUUUUUUUCCUUCUUUUGCUCUGGCACCA